AUGGCGGACCCUUUCAACUUUAAAAUCCCAAAGGAAAUUCAGUUCGACGAUAAAGGUUCUGAUCCUGAAGUCUUUAACAGUAAGUUUUGCUUGAUAUUACAGUUUUAAUAUUUUUUUGUUUGUUUGAUAUUACAGUACUUUAUAGUUUUUUUAGAUGAAUAUAUUGAGUUAUGUUACGAAAGGUUACCUAAGUUUAUUUUAGAGACAAACGGUUGGGGGAGUCCAGAUUUCUAUGCUCAGAAGAGGUCCAAAGAAAAGAAGCAGAAGUUGGAGGCAAUUGAGGAAAAGCUGAGAAGGAGGUCAUCAAUGUAAGUACAUUAUAACUAUUCAUAAUAUUACAGUCAAUUUACAAUACAUUUAUUUUUAGUCUUGUCUGCUUAAACUUAGGAUAUUUGAAUAUUAUGAUAUAGUUUUUAACCUUUACUGCUUCUUAUCUUUUGUUGUUUGAAAAAUAUCUUUUUGUGUAUGAUUUUGUUGGUGUUGACUUACUUUUAUUGAUAUUGUUGCAGGAUAAAAGAGAAUUUGGAAGCAAAGCAGGUAUCAAAGAAGAAGGGUUUGCCUCCGAUGACAGUUAGGCCAACUACUUCAAAGCCAGUUGAACCUUCAAUUGUAGCUAGAUUACCAAGUGGCACAACCAAACCAAAGUAAUUUUUUGUUUGUUUUGUCAUUUUAGGUUUUGUUGCUCUUACAUCGGGGUCAAACUUGUCUUAAAUUGCGUGUUACGGAUUACUUUUAUAGUGUUAUUUUAGGCUUGUGCCACUACGAGCUACAUCACAACCUCCGAAGCCUCAGCUGACUUUACAAGCACCAACUCCUGGUUCGUAAGUAUUUUUUGAAUUUGUUUUUACUUGACGUAUUGUAAGUCUUAUUGGUGUAAUUUUUGGUAAUGUGAUGUAAUUUUAAUGAGCAGUCUUAAACUUACUACUUUUGUAUGGGAAAUUUUAAAUUUUUGAUUUUUAAAAAGCCUUUUAUUUAAAAAUGUAUUUUUAUACCUAAAUUUGUGAUUUUGCAGAAGAACAAGAUCGAAUUCACAAGCACGGGCGCCCGCACCCGUUCCUCUUCCAGCAUCAGCUAUCCCCACAUAUGUUCCGCCCUUACAUGGUAUGGCAUUGAGAGGACGGUCUAAGGAGAAGAAAGAGAAGCCGCCAGUACCUCCAGCUGCUCUCAGAUUCUUGACUGCACCUGACCGUAACUCUUACAAACGAGCUUCUCCUGUGGUCAGAAGAGCUGGUGUCAAAGAAGGAUCGCCCACCAAGAAUGCCAGAUUGUCAAAGUCGCCUACUCGCGAUGCGAAAAGUAACAGCGUCAAGGGAUUCAAAGCUCAUUCUACUUACAAACCCGGUCUGAAGUCGACGGAAAACACUCCUAAAGCUACGACUAGUAACAAGGUGCCAGUUCGACCGGCACAGAAGAAGGAACCAGUCCAAAAAGAGAAUGACAGCCGAGUAGACAAGAGUGGCCAAGAUGUUCUGAAUAAGAGACCCAUCAACAGACGUUUCAGCUUCAUGCUACCUACACUCUCCAGUCGUCGGAGGUCACAACUGCCAAAUCAACAGCCACAGUAA